AUGAAUGGCCUAGAAAUAAGCCCAUUCAUAGCCGGUCUUCCAAAAGUCGAGCUCCAUGUUCACAUCGAAGGAACCCUGACCCCGGCUCUGCGCUGGGAUCUAGCGCACCGCAACGCCAUCUCCUUACCAUACCCCACCUUCGAAGAUCUCAAAGCCUCCUAUGCCGUAACCCUCAACCACCGACCAGAGCUCAACGGCCGACAGCCCGGAAUACCAACAUUCCUAGAAGCAUACUUUGCAGGAUGUGAAGUUCUGCGCACCGAAGCCGAUUUCUACGACCUAGCCAUGGCCUAUCUGCACCGCUGCGCGGAGAUGAAUGUGCGCUAUGCAGAGCCUUUCUUCGAUAUCCAAGCCCACACACGGCGCGGAGUCCCCGCCACCGCAGUUUUGGACGGCUACCUACGCGCGCAACGGGAUGCUGCAGCACAGCUUGGCGUGCAUUCGCGCUGGAUAUUGUGUUUCCUACGUGACGAACCGGUCCAGCAGGGUCUUGAUGCGUAUCGCGAGGCGAGACCGUGGGCAGCUGGUUCUGUGGAAGGCGGAAAGGGUCUUUUCCAUGCUGUUGGGCUGGCGAGUAAUGCCUACGAGCGCCCGCCUAUGCUUUUUGAAGAAGGGUUUCAGCUGGCGCGCGCUGAUGAACUACAUGUCACUAUGCAUUGUGAUUUCGGGCAGAAGGAUACGCAUGAGCAUAUUGCGGAGGCUAUCUUUCGGGUAUGUGGUGGGUUGGGGUCUGAGCGAAUCGAUCAUGGAUUGGAUGCUGAGGAUAGUGAGGAGUUGUGGCGGGGUUUGGUGGAUAGACGGAUUGGGUUGACUUUGUGUCCACAUGCGUAUCAUCGGCGGACGGCGACUGAGGUCUUGUUUCCUAAGAUUCGGAGGUUGGUGGAGCGGGGAGUGAAGAUUUGUUUCAAUAGUGACGAUCCGACUUUGAUGCACGAUGUCUGGGUUGAUGGGAAUAUGCAGAAGGCUUAUACAUAUUGUGGAUUCAGCAAGAGUGAGAUGGUGCAAUUUGUGAGGAAUGCGGUGGAUAUGUGCUGGGCUGAGGAGAAUAUCAAGAAAGCCAUCUAUGAAGAAUUAGAUGUGCUGGAUGUUCAAGAAGUUGAGUGA